GGAGGAGGUGAAACAACCACAGGAGGCGCGCAUUGCCGGAGAGGAUCUGGUGAACCUGUUCUAAUAUUUAUCAAAGAAGCUCGUCUUUACUAAGUCUUCAGACAACCGAGAUCAACCGGUCACCGACAGAGUCUAACGUUACCCGUUGCAGCAGGUUAGCAAACAGUUAGCGGUUAGCUGACGUUGGGGUCGUUCAAACGUUAAUUUUAAAGUAAGUUAGGUUUCCAACACAACGUUAACUAAAAGGUCAGUCCAGACUCCAGAGACAUGACACGACAGAUGGGGGACAGCCACAGGAGGUUCCUGCAGACCAUGAUGGCCAAUGGCAUCGUUGAUGAGCAAGGGGCCAAGACACACUAUCAGUAUUGUUGUGAAACUUACAACACACAGCACGCCCCUGACAAACUGGAUGAUUUCAUUGAAACCAUCAACUCAAAGCUACAGCCCAUGUUCAUGCAGAUUAGAAAAGGGAUGUCUGAAGACAAUGGUCAGCAGUACUAUGCCUUGGUAAACAUGGCCGAGACAGACGUCACCAGGAUGUCUUCAGAUUACGCUGACAAUGAGCUGGAGCUGUUUGGGAAAACAAUGGACCUGAUUGUGGGCUCUGAGAAUGGCAAGGCAUCCUCUACUGACAUCCUGAACAGCGCCGACACCCUGACCACUAAAAAGCUGAAGAAGAGCGAGACAGAACACCUCCUGAACAGACUCGUGCAUGACAAGUGGCUGAAUGAGAAACGGGGUGAAUACACUUUGUCAACCAGAUGUAUCAUAGAGAUGGAGCCAUACAUCCGCACAAUGUAUCAGGACCAGGUCAAAGUGUGCCACAUCUGUCACAACAUCGCUUUCCAGUGCCAAAUUUGUGAGAAUCCUACUUGUGGCAUAAAAAUACACAACCCAUGUGUGGCCAGAUACUUCAAAGGAAGAGCAGAGCCGCGGUGUCCAGCUUGUGAUGACUUCUGGCCGCAUGAAAUCCCUGAAGUCAGACGGCCCCACUCUCAGUCCAGAAGAUGAGGACUUCAGCAUCAAAUGUGUUUUUUAUUUGCUAAAACUGUUUAAUAUUUUUAUUGUAACUUUAUAAUAAACCAAACUGUUGAUAUGCUCUCAAUAUUUCACUAGGGUUAUUUUUACAAAAUAAAUGAGAAUGUGUUUCACUGAAA